AUGUCUCCAACUACAAAUGGUCACUAUACCCCAAGGGACCCUACUUUGAUCUCGAAUGGUCAUUCGAAUUACUCAAAUGCUCUUCUUCAUGCACAUACCGAUCUUGACGGCGGCGCAUAUACACAUCGCCCGCUCGUCCCUGGUGUAUAUGUUCCCACCGUCUGUUUCUUCAAUGAUAUAACAGAAGACCUUGAUAUCUCCACUAUCAAGAAACAUGCUGUUCGCAUGGCAGAAGCUGGUGUGGCAGGAAUUACAACACAGGGUUCAAAUGGCGAAGCUGUUAGCCUCAGCCACAGGGAGCGAAGAUUGGUAACAACUGCGACGCGCGAGGCGCUGGAAGCUGCCGGAUAUCACGACAUGCCUAUCAUUGUUGGAUGUGGUGCUCAAUCCACACGGGAGACACUCGAACUAUGCCACGACGCUCUCCUAUCCGGCGGUGACUAUGUUUUAGUCCUUCCUCCGGCGUACUACAAAGGUCUCAUGUCAAAUACCGAUCUGUACGAAUAUUUCCGCGACGUUGCCGACGAAUCCCCACUCCCAGUCCUCAUUUACAACUUCCCAGGGGCUGCAUCAGGACUAGAUCUUGACUCCGAUUUCAUUUCCAAGCUCUCACAGCAUCCCAAUAUCGUUGGAUGCAAGCUGACAUGUGGAAAUUCUGGCAAACUUGCCAGGGUCGCAACCGCUACUAAUGCUGCUACUCCUUCUGAUAUCGGCUCUGGCUUUAUGGCUAUGGGUGGGUCUGCUGAUUUCACCUUGCAGACAUUGAUUGUUGGGGGUUCCGGUGUCAUCGCAGGACUUGCCAACAUUGCCCCUAAAGCAUGCGUUGCCAUUGUCAACUACUAUGCACAAGGAAAGAUCAAGGAGGCCAAACGAAUACAGGCACGCGUAGCACAAGGGGACUGGGCAGCGAUCCAGGGCGGCCUCGUUGGAACCAAGAGCUGCCUCCAAACAUUCUUUGGCUAUGGAGGCUACGCUAGAAAGCCCCUCCCUAGACCAGACAGCGAGGAGGCCAUUAAAUGGGAACGGGCAUUCCAAGACGUUGUAGACCUCGAGAGGACUUUAUGA